GUCAUUGUCAGUUGAACGAAAAUAUCUCGUCAUCGUAUUUCUCACUUUAAAAAAAUCUUUUAAUCAAAAAUUGUUACUGGAGUUUUCCAAGCUGGCAUCAAGAAGGCUAUUAUUUGUGGGAUUCCACAGUUUUUCACCAACUAUACCGUAUCGCGUCAGUUAUAAUAGGUUAGGUUAACUUGUUAUGGUAUUAGAAAAUAUCAAUUUUAGCACCCUAUUUAAAUUUCCUAUUAUUUCUUGUGUCCGUAAUUAGUAUUGUGUGUAGAGCUUAGUUGGCCAACGUUUAAGUUACGCCUUCCAAAAGCGUCCCCACUCCGGUAUGUCGUCGCCGCAGUACGCGCGACAGCCGCCAGGGCGCAGCUCCCCGGCGCCUCCCCGCACUCCCCCGAGCUCUGCUGGGGGCCAGGAUGUUGUGGAAAGAUAUGAAAACAUUGUCAAGUCCCAAGAAGAUAAGAGAGAUUACAGAGGAUUAUUAUUGGCUAAUCGUCUGAAAGUUCUGUUAGUGAGCGAUCCAACUACAGACAAGUCAGCCGCCGCUCUAGACGUCAAUGUAGGGUACUUGAGCGACCCGGAUGAGUUGCCCGGUCUGGCGCACUUCUGUGAGCACAUGCUGUUUCUGGGAACGGAGAAAUAUCCUGAGGAGAACGAGUACAACAAGUAUUUGUCUGAGCACGGCGGGUCAUCGAACGCGUCCACCUCGUCCGACCACACCACCUACUACUUCGACGUGCUGCCCGCGCAUCUACACGGCGCACUAGACAUUUUCGCCCAGUUCUUCAUAUCGCCCCUGUUCACGGAGUCGGCGACGGGCCGCGAGUUGUCCGCCGUCAACUCGGAGCACGAGAAGAACACCUCCUCGGACACGUGGCGGCUGGACCAGCUCAACAAGAGCACGGCCUCGCCCACGCAUCCCUUCCACAAGUUCGGCACAGGUAACCGUGAGACUUUGGAGACAAUACCCAAGGCGAAGGGCAUCAACGUGCGAGAUGAACUGCUCAAGUUCCACGACAAGUGGUACUCCUCCAACAUCAUGACCCUCGUCGUGCUCGGGAAAGAGUCUCUGGACGAGCUGGAGGCGAUGGUGGUCCCGCUGUUCCGUCAGGUGGAGGACGCGUCGGUGGCGGCGCCGUGGUGGGGGGAGCACCCCUUCCCCCCGGCGCUGCGCCGCAAGCGCGUCUGCUGCGUGCCCGUCAAGGACCUGCGCUCGCUCUCCAUAGACUUCCCCAUACCCGACACCAGGAAGCACUACAAGAGCGGGCCAGGUCAUUACUUGUCCCACCUGCUGGGACACGAGGGUCCUGGCAGCUUGCUGUCAGCGCUCAAAGCUAAAGGCUGGUGUAACAGUUUGGUUGGCGGCACGCGUAUCGGAGCCCGCGGGUUCGGUUUCUUCGGCGUGCAGGUGGACCUCACCGAAGAUGGAGUGGAACAUAUUGACGAUAUAGUCAAACUGGUGUUCCAAUACAUCUCGAUGGUGCGGUCUGUGGGCCCGCAGCGAUGGGUGUGGGAGGAGCAGCGGGACCUGAUGGCGAUGGAGUUCCGGUUCAAGGACGCGCAGGAGCCGCGCUCCCUCGUCACCUCGCACGUGCAUCUGCUGCAGGAGUUCCCCAUGGAGGACGUGUUGAGCGCGUACUACCUGAUGUCGGAGUGGCGGCCCGAGCUCAUAGACGAACUGCUGGCGUACCUGGUGCCCGAGAACGUACGGGUCGGCACCGUCGCCAAAUGCUUCUCCGAGAAGUGUACGCAGACUGAGCGGUGGUACGGUACCAAGUACUUACAAGAGGACAUUGAACCAGAGAAAAUCAAGGAAUGGACAGCGGCGUCGCCGGGUCCAGAACUCCACAUGCCGCCACCCAACGAGUUCAUACCCACGAGACUAGACUUGGAGACAUCUGAUGAUCCCACGCUAGACGGCACAGCUCCUGCCAUCAUCAAGGACUCUCCUCUGAUGCGGUUAUGGUUUAAACGUGACAAUGAAUUCUUUCUACCGAAGGCGGUGAUCACAUUGGAUCUAGUGAGUCCCCUGGCGUACUCUGACCCGUUGAGCUGCAACCUGACGUCCGUGUGGGUGCUGCUGCUGCGCGACGGCCUCCAGCAGUUCGCGUACGCGGCCGAGCUGGCGGGGCUGCGCUGGAGCCUCGGCAACGCCAAGUACGGACUCAGCAUAACGAUAGACGGUUACGACGACAAACAGAACGUCCUCCUGGAGAAGAUAGUAGACCACCUGGUGAACUUCAAGUGUGACCCGCAAAGGUUCCAGAUCAUGAAGGAGAACCACAUCCGCGCCAUCAAGAACUUCGAGGCGGAGCAACCGUACCAGCACGCUGUGUACCAGCAGGCGCUGUGCUUAUCGGACGUGGUGUGGACUCGCUGCCAGCUCAUGGACGCCGCCGAGACAAUGACGCCGGAGAUGUUGGACGAGUACGCGUCGAGGAUGAUAAGGCGGGUGCACAUCGAGGGGCUCAUGUACGGGAACAUCACCCGGGAGCGGGCCAUGCGGAUAGCUGACACCAUAGAGAACAAGUUACCAAAGAAUGCUACACCGCUGUUGGCGCAGCAAUUGUUACUGCACAGGGAGGUAGAAUUAGAAAAAGGUACAGAGUACUUGCGCGAGACGGAGAAUAGUGUGCACAAGUCAUCGUGCGCGUCUCUGUACUAUGCGUGUGGCGUGCGCACGUCGCGUCAGAACGUGGCCUUAGAGCUCCUCGCGCAAGCGCUGUCUGAACCCUGCUUUAAUAUAUUACGGACUAAGGAGCAGCUCGGCUACAUAGUGUUCAGCGGCGUGCGGCGCGCCAACGGGGCGCAGGGGCUGCGCGUGAUCGUGCAGAGCGACCGCCACCCCGCGCAUGUGGAGCGCAGGAUAGAGGCCUUCCUGCACGGGGCACUGGAAUACUUGGAGAACAUGAGCGAGGAGGAGUUCCUGAAGCAUCGAGCUGCUCUGGCAGCACAGCGGCUGGAGAAGCCCAAGCGUAUGGCGUCUAGAGCCUCGCAGAUGUGGACCGAGAUUACGUCACAGAUGUACAAUUUCGACCGGCCCAGAGUGGAAGUUGAGCAAUUGAACACUAUAACGAAACAGGAACUGAUACAGUUCUAUAAGACACACGUGUGGAAGGAGUCCGAGAGCAGACAGAAGCUGUCCGUGCACGUGGUGUCCACCGCCGACGGCGGCGCCGGGACUAAACGGGAACUGGAGGACGACGAGGCGGGACGGGACGGGCCCACCGUGAGUACACCACCACCAGACUAG